AAUUUCUCUUACCAGUGAUAUUUUAAACCAUAGUCACAUCCUCGUGCAGCUCAUGUAGCAGCUAAGGGUUAGCCAGCUAGCUAAUGGGUUAUGGCAAAGCAUAUUUUCUCUACGGCAGUAGAAGACGUUGUUGUCACUUUUGAAGACCAGCAAAAGAUCAAUAAAUUCGCCAGGAAUACAAGUCGGAUGACAGAGUUGAAGAAUGAAAUAGACUCAAAGAAGAAAACACUGCAGAACCUACAGGACGCCAGCGAUGACCUAAUGAUGUUAGAUGAUGACUCUCUAUUGAUCCCUUAUCAAAUUGGUGGUGUCUUCAUCAGCCACUCCCAGGAGGAAACACAAGAGAUGCUAGAGGCUGCUAAGGAAACGCUGGAGCAGGAGGUCAAAGGCCUUGAGGAGCGAGUGUCAGCGAUACAGCAACUGUUGGGUGAUCUUAAGGUCCAGCUUUAUGCCAAGUUUGGUAACAACAUUAACCUGGAGGCAGAUGAAAGCUGAGCAGCGAAAUGGAUCCUGACAGCUGCCCCGACACGAACUUAUACAUGCAGCUCUCGUUCCAGAUCCACAUCGAUGCCAACAAAACACCUUCUGCUUUUUGUUCACGGGUUUUUUAUAAAUCUGCAGUUUAAUGUUGAGAAGCAAAAUCACAAGGACAGUAGUAGUAAAGAAUAAAUGCAAAUUU